UUUUUUUGUAUUCUAUAAGCCAAUCGUCACAGAUGUUAACAAAUCAUCGAUAAAGGAUAUCAAUCCGUCAAGUCUGUAGUUUUAAGGGCUGUCAAGGGAAUGGCUUUUGAUCCAGAUCGUGUGCUCCCGCGGAUAUUCUUUGAUAAAAAGGGCUUUUUGCUUUCACUUUCGCUCUUGCUUUCAUGCCUUGUUGUGCAGUUAUAUAAAACUUCGAACUUCGAGUUGGGGUUUUGCCGUCUAGUCCAUGACGCCUUGCUCAGACGGCCAACAUAUGCUAAACAUAUUUGUUUUUUCAUUUACUCAUGGGUUUGUAAAGUAAGGUACUUCCCGAAAGGGAAGGUUUUUUUUUUUUUACUGUAGUGCGUCAUCUCUUCUGCGUUUCUGCUCUUCCUAUUUUAUAGCAACUGUACGCUGCACGGACAUUAUCUGCUUCCCUGUACCUAAAGUCCAUGGCUCUUGUCGAGAAAUCGGAAUAUGAGCUUCGGGUGAUUAACCAGAUGGUAGAUGCUCUCAGCAGCAGUGACCGCAGGAGAGUCAUCUACCUGUGUGGCAGCUUGGACACGGACAGCAGUGUGGCUUGUGUGAAAGAAAUGCUGAAAUCCAAAGCGCGGAAUUCUGGGUUUGGCAUGCUUCUGGCAGAGCUCUUGAUAGAGCUGAAGCGAUUUGAUAUCCUGAGGACGGUGUGUAGAACCACCAAAGAAGGGGUGGACAGGAGUGAAAACCACAAGGUUCUGCCAAAGUUCAGAGUAUUGAUGGAUUAUAUAAGUGAGGAUAUUGCCCCAGAAGAUCUGAGCAAUGUGAAAUUCUUGUUAAGCAACAGGUUACCUCGGGAGAAGAUGGAAAAGGCAAAGAAUUUACUGGAUGUGGUCAUUGAACUCGAGAAGUUGGAUUUAGUUUCAGCUGAAAAAGUUGACUUGGUAGAGGAAUGUUUAAAAAACAUUAACAGGGUUGACCUGGCCAAAAAAGUGGCUGCUUACAAGAUGUCAGCCCCAGAAAACCCACCAGUGCCUGUGCGCAUAGAGCAGAGCUGCCAGAGACAACUUGACCAGUACAAAUUUAACAGCAAUCCCAGAGGACCUUGUGUUAUCAUAGACUGUGUGGGUAAUGACGGAGACAUGUUGGAACAAACAUUUAAGGCCCUUCACUUCAAUGUGACCCUCUACAAGUGGCUGAGUGCAAGUGACACUCUUUCAGUUCUCAGAGGGAUAUUGAGACAAAGAGAGAACUUCAGAAGUGAUUGUUUUGUCUGUUGCAUCAUUAGCCGUGGGACAGAGAAUAAUCUCCUGGGUACAGACUCGUACAGCACGCCUCUAUUUCUGGACGCCAUCAGAUGUCUUUUCACUGCUGAUUCAUGCCCCAUGAUGGCUGGCAAGCCCAAACUGUUUUUCAUCCAGAGGUACAGUGUCACCGAGUUCCAGCCAAGUGCUAGGAUGGGCCAUCAGGAUGAGGAUCUGGAGACAGAUGGAGGCCAUGGGCUGCCCCGUUAUGAUAUUGUCCCCACAGAUGCAGACGUGUUCUGGAGUCACUGUUGGACGGAUGAACGUCAACUCAGGGAUGGACAUCAUCAGUCCUUUUACCUGAGGAUUCUGAGAGACAGCUUACUCGAAGGCCAAGAGAGGAAAAAAAAGCUUCUUGAUAUUCAUACCGAGAUGAAUGGGGCCAUCUUUGACUAUAACAGGAGGAAUCCUGGAGCAGCUUACCACAUUGAUCUGAAACAUACUCUCAGGAAAGAUUUUUUCUUUUAAUAGAGGAUUGUGUACAAUCACAUUCACUGAAGCCUCACACAUAACUACGCUGAAUACCUACAUAUACACAACAAACUCCCUGCUUGAGAAGAAGCUUUUUACUGCAUAGAGACAGAGACACCUAGUGGUUCUAUUUAUUCAAAACAAUUGUUUUUAGAUGAACCUAUUUAACUCAUUUUUUAGUGUGUAUUUAUUUAAUAUUUGAGAAUUCUCACUCAGUGGUUUUUUUGUACACCCAUUUAUGAAUAAUUUCAUAAUGCGCAAAUGUACUCAAAUGUACAGGACAAAACAAUAAUGAUGAUGGUAAGACAGUACUGGUAAGAUAAUGAGACUGCCAUCUACCAGCUUCGACACCAUCCCUCGUAUCAAGAACAUAAACAAAACUUACAGCACAUCCAAUAAUUGCAUUGCAAUGGAAACAAAAAAUUAAUUAUUUUAGAUGGCAUGUUCUAGUCAUAUGUAACUUUUUUUUGAAGCAUUAAUGUGAAUGACCAUCUUCUUGCCUUAAUAGUGCAGCUAAACCAGAUAUGCAAAGAUGCAGUCUUGUAUCAGUUUCGUUUUUGAAAAAUGUGAAAAUAACAUGUCAUGAAGUAAAUACUAUAAACACUACAUCUCUCUCUCUCUCUCUCUCUCUCUCUCUCUCUCUCUCUCUCUCUAUCUCUAUCUCUAUCUAUCUAUCUGUCUAUUUAUCUAUCUGUCUAUCUAUCUGUCUAUCUUAAUCAGUGCUUAAGUUUAAUUUGUAAUUUUGUAAUAAGUAAUAUUUUUUUAUCUUUUAGAUUUGAGUUAUGCAUUUUCAUUUUUUUUCUGUUUGUAGGAAGUGCCAUGUAUAUAAAAAAAAUACUGUUAUCAACAAUAUUACAUACACUAACAUCAAUAACAUAUCAGAUGUUAGAUUCCAAAUUAUGAACACAUUCUAGGCACUAAUAUAUAAUAAACUUGGUAGACUUGUAACAAAAUUAAGUGUAAAUUUUACAAUAAUAAGUUUCUUUCAAAAUUAAAUAACAAUAUACUUAAUAUACUCAUUUGUAUCUCAAGUAAUCCAAAAUAAUAUGUAAUAAAUACAAUAAACUUUGUUUAUAUAUCAUUUUUCACACAGUUACAAAGUGCUUUACAAUAAAAAAAGCACAGUGCGCUGAAAGCACAAGAAUUAAGACAGAAAAAUUAAAGCAUUUAAUGACCAAAAACAAUUAAAGGAAUGUUUAUAUGGACCCAUGGGAACAACAAAUCGUAUAUUUACACAUAUACAAAUAUUUAUGUUUGCUACAUUAAAAUGAAGUUAAAGAAAAACAACUGAAAUACAAAAACCACUAUGUUGAUGUGGGUUACAUGGUGUCCAGCUCCAGCAUCAUUGUGUACAGGAGGCAGGACCAUGUCUGUUUCCGACCCCUCCCAGCCUUUGAGUCUUGACUUUGACAGGAUCUGUUACCAUUUGGGUUUUGCUUUUUGCGACCCUCCUCUACCCCAUCUGUUCUGUCUUAUCUGUUUGUCUUGAUAAAUUUAUGUUAGUUUCUGAUGGAAUAUUAAAGCAGAUGCCUGCUACUGUUGAACUGA